UAUAACAAAACAGUUGAAUUCAAGUGCUUUCCUUGUCCCCUGGCUUGUCCUGACUUUGCUUCUACAGUACUGGUAACAGUACAGUACUACAUUACUGUAUUACACUACUGGUACUUUAAUAAGGGACCCAAAGUCACGUGACCUCGUGACGCGCCGUUAGCGUGCUGGUUUCCUUGGUAACAGCGUGGCGGUAACGGCGCUCUCCCGCGGCGCGCGCAGGUUCACACUGCAGCAGAUGGGUGGACCACUGGAUACAACCAAGCCUUCCCUGAAAGGCAAAGCAGACAGAUGGAUGCUUAACUCCUCUCUCAAUUUGCACUGCACCUCCUACCAACAUGACUAUGGUAACCAAGGCUUCAGUUCAUGCUUAGGUCAUCACUAUGGGACAGGCUACUCUGCCAAUCUGAAACCUGCUGUCUACUACAGUCCCAGCCUUGAUUUGCUUGACAACCCCAACCUCGGUGUUUCACUGUUGGACAGUUUUCAGUCCCAGACUAAGCGCCAUUACCAGCCACUGACUGUACCCAGUGGAGCCGAGGCUCUGCCCAGCACGACAGAUAAGACCAGAGAAAGCGGAUAUCUGCAGCUUCACACACACCCCAGACCUAAAUUAGUAUCAUGCCAGACAGAGUAUAAAUGCAGUUAUACUCCUCAGAGGCCCACACUCUCAGUGUACCGUAAGCAUCAAAUCACGAGAGCUAAAGAGAAGAGUGGAUUUACUGAGGGAAACAACCAGCACUACAAUAUACUUCUACCCCAAGACACCCCCAUGGUCUACAAUUCAGGAGAAGCUCAGCAGACGCAGAGCAGCGUGACGAGGAUGGACUUCCACCCUACGUCUUUCCUUCAGGGCAAUGAAGUGUUACCCAAAUUGGUCACUCAUGCUCCUCGAGAGACAGCAUUCACCAGAGACGCUCAGAAAAUGCUGACAUGCCCUGAUUCUCUACUGGUGUGUCCUCGUGGCCACAGACAGAAGAGCCUGAUCUUUGCUGAGAGGACUAUUGGACGGAAGGAAGACUCAGGCUUUAUCCUCAACACCCCCAUCCUCAAGACCCUGUCAGACACACCAUCGUCUGACCCACUGCAGUUCCUCUCACACUACCACACCAAGUUUUGUAACAAGGCAGGUUUCAAUAUGCAUAAGACAGGCUGGAAUAGAGGAGGGAUUCACAAACACAGAGGCAGUGGAUACAGCGGACGAGACACAGACAGGUUUAAUCUUUGUGGAUAUUAAGUCAUCCAUCCAAUAAAUGCAAAGCUACCGACUCAUGUGUUAUAUUGCCAUGUUCCCAUUUCUCUUCAUCAUGAUGGUAACCUUACUGCUAUAGGAAGUUUUCAAUCUGAAUAAUACUCAUAUUUACAAAUCCUGUUAUAACUGCCUUGUAUUCAUUAAAGUAAUUAAUCACAUACACACAUACAUACACACACACACACACACAAGUUGGUCUUCAUUAUGUAUAAAGCUGUUAAACUUUCAGUCCAUUACAGCUGCAUUGUGUAUAUGUUUUUAUAUCUUGGUGAGGACCAUUUUGACCCUUCCAGUCCCCACAAGUAAAACUCCUUUUUACAAAAAUGGCACCUUUUAUUUAAAAAACUAAAAGAGGUUAAAUUUAUGGAAAGAUUGAGGCAUAGUAUUAAUUAGCUGUAUUCAUAGGUAUGUCAAUAGAAGUGUGUGUGUGUGUGUGUGCGGCAUAGUGUUACAUUUUUCAGCGAAACAAAUCCUUAAUUUUAAACUUAAUUUUCUCUGUAUUAUAGUUACAGGUAAUAGAAUUUAAUGAAAGAAUUUAAAGUCCCCAUAAAAUGGCUUCUUAGCUGUGAUUUGACUCCGUAUGUUGAUGUAUUUCCUUCUGAAACAGGAAGUUAGAGUGACAUCAGGUUGAAUUGCUUCACUGACUUACACAAGAAGCCAACAGCGUUCGAGAUAUGCCAUAUGUCUGGCGAAUCUAAACAUAUGCAGUGGCCAAGCUAAAUAUAGAGAACAGCAAAGAGUUAACAAGAGCCUUUUCUUACUGAUGGAAAAGCCUCUGUAGCAUAGAAAGAUGGAAUCGUAGUCUAGCUCAGUCUAAUGAAGCAAAAUAUCCCAGCAGUGAAUAGCCCUAAGUUGGUAAAACAUCUCCAAAAACUGUACUGCGACCUUGUACAAAUUCCAGCCUCUACGAAAUGAAUAAACUCCAACCAAAGUUUUUUUUUUUCCAACCAAAGAAAAUCAUGUGUGAAUAGUGUGUGGGAAGGUGCAAGGGCAAAAAAGCGAUGAGCCAAGUUUGCUGACCAAGACACGCCCCUGGGAGUGGAACAUACUGUAUAUGGUCCUAGAGCGCAUUUAAUUGCACAGACAUGAAGAUUUGCACAAAUAUGCAUAAAAAGAUUUUGAUUAUUUUCCUGGAAGAGGUGAACUUGAAAAUAAUAAAACAAGAAUAUCUCUAAAAUAUCAUAUGUGUCCCCAUAAGACUUAGGAACAGGUACAAAAAGCUUUGAAACACCCAUUUUAAUUUCAGGGGCACCUUAAUGAGAAGUCUUUCAUUCAAAUGAUUGGGUUUCAGAAUUAUUAAUUCAUCAAACCUUCCUUCUCUGCCAAGACAGUUCUAUACUAGUAGCAAAAAGUGAAGCUGUAUGUGAUGUACAUUCGAAUCUGUUGCUCAUUCACUGUCAUGUGUUAGAAUGGUAUGUAACUGACCCAAAGAGAAUGAAGGCAGUAUAAACCAGAGACUAGUGUUCUACAUGAUUUAGCACAGAGGCUUGGUGCACAGUGCAUGCCUGCUUUAUGUCACCCCAUAAACCUACAUCCAAAACAGUCCAACAUAGCCAGAGGUCUGUGCCAAAAUCUGUCAGUGGAAAAAAGAAAUCAAAUACGUGGACAUAGCCAUCAGUUGUUAGUAUGUUAGUAUGAAUUAUAUAAUAUUAGAACAAUACUCUAAACCACACACAAGGAUGCUCAUAUCCAUAAAAACAUUAAUGAUCAUGAAUACAGCAAACGUUUGUAUUUGAGGUAUAUGUGUGAUGUAUUUCCAGUAAACUCUCUCGUUAGUUUUGCACAGCUCAAUGCUUUGCACCUUCAUUCAUCCUCUCCAGAGCUACACUCCAUGGCCAAAGGUUCGUGGACACCUGAACAUCACGCCAUUAUGUGGUUCUUCCCCAAACUGUUGCCACAAAGUUGGAAGCAUACAAUUGUAUAGAAUGUCUUUGUAUGCUCUUGCAUUACAGUUUCCCUUCACUGAAACUAAGAGGCCCAAACCUGUUCCACCAUGACAAUGCCCCUGGGCACAAAAGCGAGCUCCAUGAAGCCAUGGUUUGCCAAGGUUGGCAUGGAACCCCACUGGAUACCUUUUGGGAUGAAUUUGAACACUGACUGUACACCAGGCCUCCUCACCUGACAUGAGUGCCUGACCUUGUAAUGCUCUUGUGGCUGAAUAAGCACAAAUCCCCAAAGCCACAUUCCAGAAUGUAGUGGAAAGCCUUUUCAGAAGAGUGGAGGCUCUUGUAGCAGCAAAGGCAGCGAAAAACUCCAUAUUAACGGCCAUGAUUUUGGAAUGGGAAACAUCGGUGUGAUUUUGUGAUGUCACUUUUGUCCAUAUAGUGUGUAUAGCAUCUGGGAUGACAAAGCCUCUGCUUAAGAUCAGAGAAUUUUGCACCAUUGAAAAUGUUAACAUUUUGGACCUAAUCUGGAAUAAAGCAUCUCCAUAUGCUUGCUAA